AGUCCUCCGCCAACCGACGCUGGAGGCAGCAGCAGCGGCGGCCGCAGAGCCCCGAACCCGCAGCGCCGCACUCUCCCCCCGCCGCCCGCCCCGACGGCAUGGCCCGCAGCCGGAGCUCCCGGCGCCCCCAACCCCGUUGAACGCCGCCGCGGCCCCGGACCCGCGCGCAGGGCCCCGAGCCGCCGGGAUGCGCCGGGCAGAGUGGUGAUCUCCGCUUGGGAAUGCGGGUGUGAAGGGUCCGAGCUGACACCCAGCGGGGAGGAGACCCCGGGACGCCGGAAAUCACCAUCCCGAAGCUGAGAAGAGGGGCAAGCGCAUUCUGCAUUCAGUUGUGUGCCUUGUGAGGGAUUUUUAAAUUUUUAAUCGCUAUUUUUUUAAAAAAACAAACAAAAAGAAACAUUUCCGUGCUACUGUCUAUCAUCAUCUCUGGGGAAAUCAACCAGAACCACUGGAACGUCACGGAAACCAGACGACAGUCAGGAACCUCAGUACCUGCAGCGUCCGGGCGCCGGAGCCACCUUGGAACCCCAAACGCGUCUCGGGAGGCCGUGGGGCUGCGGCUCCGCCAAACUUUGGGGCGGGCGGGGGAGCCGAGGGGCUUCGUAGACGGAGGGCCGCCCCCUAACCAUGAUGUUUCGCGACCAGGUCGGGGUGCUGGCGGGCUGGUUUAAGGGCUGGAACGAGUGCGAGCAGACUGUUGCGCUGCUGUCGCUGCUGAAGCGAGUAAGCCAGACCCAGGCCCGCUUCCUCCAGCUGUGCCUGGAGCACUCGCUGGCCGACUGCGCCGAGCUGCACGUUCUGGAAGGAGAAGCCAACAGCCCGGGAAUCAUUAACCAAUGGCAACAGGAAUCCAAGGAUAAAGUGAUUUCCCUUCUGUUAACUCAUCUGCCUUUGCUGAAGCCAGGGAACCUCGACGCAAAAGUAGAGUAUAUGAAACUUCUGCCCAAGAUCCUGGCACACUCUAUCGAACACAACCAGCACAUUGAGGAGAGCAGGCAGCUGCUGUCCUAUGCUUUGAUCCACCCGGCCACUUCCUUGGAAGACCGCAGUGCUCUAGCCAUGUGGCUAAAUCACUUGGAGGACCGCACAUCAACCAGCUUUGGCAGCCAGAACCGAGGCCGCUCGGACUCUGUGGAUUACGGGCAGACGCACUACUAUCACCAAAGACAGAACUCGGAUGACAAGCUCAAUGGGUGGCAGAACUCUCGGGACUCUGGGAUUUGCGUCAGCGCCUCCAACUGGCAGGACAAAAGCCUGGGGUGUGAGAAUGGCCACGUGUCCCUCUACUCCUCUUCAUCUGUCCCCACCACAAUCAACACGAUUGGAACCAGCACAAGUACUAUUCUCUCAGGCCAGGCACACCACAGCCCUUUGAAACGAUCUGUGUCCCUUACCCCACCCAUGAAUGUGCCAAACCAGCCUCUAGGACAUGGAUGGAUGUCUCAUGAGGACUUACGAGCUAGAGGACCCCAGUGCCUCCCAUCCGAUCAUGCCCCCCUGUCUCCACAAAGCAGUGUAGCCUCUUCAGGAAGUGGUGGGAGUGAACACUUAGAAGAUCAGACCACUGCUCGUAACACAUUCCAAGAAGAAGGUAGUGGUAUGAAAGAUGUUCCAGCCUGGUUAAAAAGCCUCCGCUUGCACAAGUAUGCCGCGCUUUUCUCCCAGAUGACCUAUGAGGAAAUGAUGGCCCUCACUGAGUGCCAACUGGAGGCUCAGAAUGUUACCAAAGGUGCAAGACACAAAAUUGUCAUCAGUAUUCAGAAGCUCAAAGAAAGACAAAACCUCCUGAAGUCUUUGGAAAGGGACAUCAUCGAAGGGGGCAGCCUGCGCAUCCCCCUCCAGGAGCUGCACCAGAUGAUCCUGACGCCCAUCAAGGCCUACAGCUCCCCAAGUGCCACCCCUGAGGCGCGCCUUCGGGAGCCCUCGCUGAUGGGACCCGAGAGCCAGAGCCCCAAUUGCAAAGACAGCACCACCACCGCCACCAGCGCCGCAGCCAGCGCCUCUGCGGGCGCCAGCGGCGGACUGCAGCCACACCAGCUGAGUAGCUGCGAUGGGGAGCUGGCUGUCGCCCCUCUGCCGGAGGGGGACCUCCCUGGGCAGUUCACUCGCGUCAUGGGGAAAGUGUGCACACAGCUCUUGGUCUCCAGACCUGAUGAGGAAAAUAUAAGUUCCUAUUUACAGCUCAUAGACAAAUGUCUCAUUCAUGAGGCAUUUACAGAGACGCAGAAAAAAAGAUUGUUGUCAUGGAAACAGCAGGUGCAGAAGCUCUUUCGGUCUUUCCCUCGGAAAACCCUUCUAGACAUAUCGGGAUAUCGACAGCAAAGAAACCGCGGCUUUGGGCAGUCCAACUCCCUCCCAACAGCCGGCUCUGUGGGUGGAGGCAUGGGCAGACGGAACCCACGCCAAUACCAGAUCCCCUCCCGGAAUGUCCCUUCUGCUCGCCUUGGCCUCUUGGGUACCAGUGGAUUUGUCAGCUCCAACCAGCGCCAUACCACCGCCAACCCCACCAUCAUGAAACAAGGAAGACAGAACCUCUGGUUUGCCAACCCGGGGGGCAGCAAUAGCAUGCCCAGCCGCACCCACAGCUCCGUCCAGAGGACCCGCUCACUGCCUGUGCACACUUCCCCACAGAACAUGCUGAUGUUCCAGCAACCAGAAUUCCAGCUUCCCGUGACCGAACCUGACAUCAACAACAGGCUGGAGUCCUUGUGUCUCAGUAUGACCGAGCAUGCCCUGGGAGACGGGGUUGACCGGACCUCCACAAUCUAGAAGCUGAAGAUGAGAGUGACCGCGCUGGCCGUGAAAUCGACUGCUGCGGGCCCAGUGUCAGCCAUCUUCAGGGUUGCAUAGAAUCUUCCAGGAUACCUUGCAGCCUUUUCCCCCUGGUCCCUCGCCCAUUUUGAUUUUGUGAGAGCGUAGGUCAUCCUUGUAAACAUAUCAGUAGACCUGGGGUUGGUUAUGUUGUCAUUUGUUUCUGUCAUGGGAUGGUAUGGUAUGCAGAGUGGGGAGGGAACUCAAGGGAAACGUGGGACUGGGGGGGGUGGAGGGAUGCUACUGGCUUCCUGGAUGGAAAGGGGGUGGGGAAAGAGAACAGCUAGGAGAGAGAUGCAAGAGACACACAGGAGAGAGGUGGAAGCCCUGCCCUGGGGAGCCUUCUCGAGAGGCUGGCCUUGUUGCCAGGCCACAGAAGACAAAGGACACAAGUGACCAAAGCAAGAUGGCGGCUGGCCUGUUGGUGUCUCCCCUGACUGGAUUUCCCUGCGGCCCCUGCUUGAAACAGCCACAGGAGAGGGCCACAUGGCAACAGGGGCAAGAGGAGAAACUCCCUCUAGCAAAUUUUCAGAUAAACUUUGAUUUGUGUAUUGUUUACAUAAGAAUUUUAAAGGGUACACAAUGUGUAGAGUUUUGGUAGAACUUCUUCAUACUAUGGUUUUUGUAAAGGACUGAUUAUUGUUAUGGAUUCAUUUUGUUUCAUCUAUUUUUAUAAUAGCAGCAGGGUUGUCUUUUAAAAGCAACUGCAAAGCAAGCUCCGCUUCUUGGAAGAUGGAUGCAGUCAAGUAGGCCUCAGCUAUAGGUCUUUCACUAUGAGGUGGGAGGAGCAUGUAGGUGAAUUGGAAGGACAGGAUGUGGCCAGGACAAGCAUAGCACUAGGCAGGGCAAGGACACAAGGAUGAUGGCACCAUGCGAUCAGUUAUGGAUUUGCUCAUAGGUCACCCAGAGAUACUAAAUAGACCUUGCAGCCUCUUUCUGGGCUGAAUUUGCAUUUUGUCCAAAGGCCUCUCUUGCUUCCCAUCUUCUCCAUGGGCUUUAUCCUAUCAUCCUGGUCUUACUGCACAGACACAUAAGUGGGUACAAGUCCCUAUAGAGGAAGAAAGGCAAGGAUAGAUGUUUUUCCUUUGCAUGAGCUCUACUGCCCAGAUGAUGAGCUCAAAACAUUUGCAGUGGAGAUUUUGCAACAAUCUGAGCCUGGCUGUAUACCCUUUCAUUCAGGUCUGCCAAAGAAAAGAAGAAUGGUCCAAAGAGGUGUGUAAAGGGCCCGUCAGCAAGUGUUAGAGAGGAUGCAGAGAGACAGUAGGCCUUCAUGGUCCAGCCCCAUCAUUCAAGGGAGGCUGUGAAAGCAGCAGGAAAGGUUAAAUUCAUAAUGGAAAAAGUGGUUCUAGCUACACAGGUGUAAGUCAGAGAUUUACUGUAUUAUGGGCUGGUUUAUCCAGCCACACACACAAACACACAUGCAUGCAUGCACGCACUCAUUGCACAGUGAGAGAUUAAUUAUGGUAUCACAGAGUAAUAGCCCUAUUUCUUAAGGGCAAGAAAGACAACAUUUCAGAAUUCGAUGCAAUGGAAGGCGCUAGAGGAAAUCAAAAAGGAAUUGUGCUUUGCACUGGAAAAUUGGGUUGUGUCAGUGAUGGGAUGGUGCUCAACCAAAAGCAUCAUCAUGGAGAUAGUAUAAGACCUGGUUAUUCAAUGAGUAUUUAUUCAAAAAAAAAGGAAUUUCAAGUCAAAAUUAAAAGAAUCAGACCAUGAAAAUUCCUACAUCUUGCUAUGUUUUUUUUAACUUAAAGUACAUGCAGACAUUAAAGGCCUUAACAAAAAUCCACACAACUUUUACUUUCAAUAUUAAAAAUGUACACUCAGCCCAGCCUUGGAUGAUAGCUACAACAGAGUUUUUGAACUCCUUUUACAGUCCAAAAAGUGACAGUACCUUAACCAGAAAGAGCUUCUAGUAAGCAUGGAAAGCCUGAAUGCACUAUUUCAUGCAACACCUUUAAACAACAGGAAAAGAAGGUUCAGGCCCUCUGGGUGACCAGGCUCUAAAGAUGCAAAUCCACAUAGAGGAGGAGACAGCAUUUUUAGUUGAUUUUUUUUUUUUUAACCAAGUGCCAUUAACGUUCAUCCCUCACGUCCCUUUUCUAAACAAGCUCAACACUGGGGAAUGUGCUGGGAUGGACAGUCAUGUGUAAGGCAGGAAAGACUAGGUAGGUCAAAAUAUUAAGGCCAGAGGUAAGGCCAGAGGGUUUGAGGAUGUGUUUGAAGGAUGCUGAGGAGGUUAACAGAGAGGAGAAGAACGAUGGAAUUCCUCGAAUGAUAGAAGAAAAGGAAGGCAUUCGGAUCUGCUGUGAAACACGCAUCCAUAAAGACUCGGAUACUCAGAAACCAGGUUGUGAACACAAUCACGUUAGCGUGAAUCCUUUAAAAGGAAGAAAACCGUAGAGUAUUUGCAAAGCUGAAUUUCUAUUUAUUCCUUCAUUGAAUAUAGAAACAAUGGUUAUCUGAUUAUUAGAGAUAUUAUUUUGGAUAUGUUACUUAUUAACUCGCUAUGGCUGGUAACCAUGAUAAAGUCUGUUAUUAAUAACAACAUAAUUCUUUUUGUAAAAAAGAAAAAGAUAAGAAAAGCUUAUUUUUCAUUGACUAUAGAUUUAUCUACUUAGUUGUGUUUUACUAUAUUAGUGUUUUAAUUUUUUUUAAGUUGAGUGUUCUGAUGAAGUUUAGGAGCCUCUCCCCACCUUGUUUUGAGUCCUGUGUUGACUGCAGGCAUACAGCUCAAUUUAAAAACCCCUAAAGCAAAAGAAUUUUAUUUAUAAAAGAAUCAAACAGUUGCAUGCCUGAGGCUGUGGUCAGAUCUUUAGUAAUAAAGCGGCAGUGCCUUUUUUUGUAUUUACCCAUUGACGCCCCCCCAACGCAGCUGUUUUAUAUUAAAUAGAAAACGGUUUAAAACUCAGAGUAAAAUCUAUUUCACUACAUAGGUUUCCCUCUCAUACUGAUUUUCGCAGUGUGUCUCUGUGCUGUCCCAGGCACAGUGUCGUUCUGCAAUAUCAUUAUCAUGUAUGUUUUAUAUUGGUGCUUUUUACUCAUAGUGUUUUCUUACCAGAAAACAGUAGGAAGAAAUACAUGAACUGUGUACAAGACAUGAAACAUUGCUGCUGAUAGUUUUUGUGUUUUGUUUUGUUUUUUUCCCCACAUGCUUUUGAGUUUCACUUUUUAAAACGAGCCAGCAAGCAAAGGAGAUGCUUCUGGGUCUGCCUGCCGAGGGCUGCUGUUUGCACCAAGCUCUCAGAUCCUGGGUUGAAUUGAGAGUCCCUUUCUGGUACUCAGGAUCAGAGCUGCAACUGGGCCCCAGCUCCCAUUCCUCUAAAGUGACACUGAGGGAAACCAGGUUUUCUUUUGAGGUGUCGUCGGCUGCCUUUUACAGAAUGGGAGUCUCUGGGUCUUUUAUUCUUCUGCGCCUCUUGUAGCUUACUGCUGGGGCCAGGUUUGGAGAUAUGUGUACCCCAGAGCCUGGGCUGAGGGCUGCGCUCAAUUUCUGGGCCUGUAGCUAGAAGGACAGCGAGGGGAGGAAAGUGGACCCCAUCCAUUGCCCCCUCCGCUGCAGCCUGGGUGGGGGACGUGCCCCUCCCAGGGCUCUCACUCAGCCUGUCCCUGUUACAAGCAGAAUCUGCAGAAGGAUGAUUUGCACAUGGAGCUGUAUAACACUAAUGUUGGGUUUUUUUUUCUUUUUCUUUUCACAAGUCAUCAGAGAUGUUUGCAAAGUGAGUUUUAUUUUUUUGUAAUUCCUUUAUCUUGACUUAAAGGUGAAUGUGUAUUCCUCUGGGAGGAAUAGGAAGAAAACAGGAAUGUUAAUAAUGUCAGAUAGAAGACUUCCUCCCUUAUUAAUAUAUAACCCUCAUGUAUUUAUGCCUAAUGUAAGCUGCCUUUUAAAAAGCUUUCUUUCGUUGCAUGCCCCGUGCAGGCAUCCGUAUUGUACAUGCAUGCCUUUUGUCCUGUUUUCCUGUAUAAAGUUAGUGAACAAAGAAAUAUUUUUGCCUAGUUCAUGUUGCCAAGCAAUGCAUAUUUUUUAAAUUUGUCAUAUAUGGAAAGAGCAUGUUUGUUAUAUGUAAAAGCUUUACUGAUUUACAGACAUACUAAUGUUUGAAGAUGCUGUUCUUUGCAAGUGUACAGUUUUCAAAUGUUGUUACCAGUGAAAACACCCUUGUGGUCUAAACUUGCUACAAUGUAUUUAUUACUCAUUUCCUCCCAUGGAACUAAGAAUCGUGGCUAUAUUUCAUAUCAACCGUUAUAUUGAAAGUGAAGGGAAUGAUUAAUACAAGGUUUUGUAACA